AUGACGCGCUGCAUGGAGGUGUGCAGGACGCGCAUCCCCUCCCUCCUGGAUGAGGUGGAGGUUGCGUCUCUGGACAACUUUGUGCCACGGUUUCACUUCUUUGGCUACCUGGCGGCCUACCUGGCCUCCAUAUAUGGCCAUAGAUCUUGUGUUUAUACCAAUCUGCUGGCCAGGGAGGUAGAGGAGGCCCAAGGCAACGCCGAAACAGGCUACCUCAUAAACGUCACUAACCAUAACACCAGCUACAAGAAAAUAUUUGUGACGACCGAGGAGUACAGAUGGUGCCUCCGGUGGCUUAUUGUUCGGGAUCGCUGCGUCCCGCGCAAUCCUUUUUUUUUCUCGAACACCGGAAAAGGUGUCAUGAAGGACCUGCACCGUUAUAUGCAGAGGGCGUGGCAGGACAUGGGCCUCCAGGGCCAGCCCGGGUUUCUUGACUUACGGACGGCGGUGUCCACAUAUAACUUCGAACAAAACACGGACCGGACCACCAGGGAGAGUGUGGCACAAUUUAUGCCACUCCUGUGUCUUCCACCUCCUCCGCCGUUGCCCCUUCCUCCUCCUCCUCCGCUGGCCCUUCCACCUCCUCCGCCGUCGGCCCUUCCUCCUCCUCCGCCGUCGGCCCUUCCUCCUCCUCCGCCGUCGGCCCUUCCUCCUCCUCCGCCGUCGCCCCUUCCUCCUCCUCCGCUGGCCCUUCCACCUCCUCCGCCGUCGGCCCUUCCUCCUCCUCCGCCGUCGCCCCUUCCUCCUCCUCCGCUGGCCCUUCCACCCCCUCCGCCGUCGGCCCUUCCUCCUCCUCCGCUGGCCCUUCCACCUCCUCCGCCGUCGGCCCUUCCUCCUCCUCCGCUGGCCCUUCCUCCUCCUCCGCUGGCCCUUCCACCUCCUCCGCCGUCGGCCCUUCCACCUCCUCCGCCGUCGGCCCUUCCUCCUCCUCCGCCGUCGCCCCUUCCUCCUCCUCCGCCGUCGCCCCUUCCUCCUCCUCCGCCGUCCGCUGUCGGCCCUCAUCUGGAGAGAGUGCGUCGCCGGCUGCUCGGGAAUGCCGGGGGGACUGGACAGGCAAUCCUAAAACGGAAGCAAUCCCCGAGCAAGACUACAGAAAUGGCAAACAAAAUUAAGAUGAAGUACUCGCCUAUGAAAAUGGCAAGGGUCACUUUAAAAGAUCUGCGGGAGACUAAAUACAGCUUGAGAAUCCCGAAGAAAUUCAAAAUCUAA